AUUUUAAUUAAAAAAAUAGAACUAAAAGAACUUCUCCACUCACUGAAAUUACUCAUUUCUCCUCUCUCUCUUCCAUCUGCUCUGCUCCUUCUUCUUCAUCCUCUCUCAAAUCCCCAAAACAAAACCCUAAAACCCUUGAUCUGGCCGGAGCAUUCCUUUCCACCUCCGUCCUGAUCCCUCAAUUCUCUUUCCCUCCACCUCAAAUAAACGAAACAAACACAGAGAAGGAAAGCAAGUGACGGAAAUUCAACAAGAUAGAGAGAUAGACAGGCCGAGAUGUACAAGAACCAGCUGCAGGAGCUGGCCCAGAGGAGCUGCUUCAAUCUUCCGUCGUAUACCUGCAUAAGGGAAGGCCCUGACCACGCCCCUAGAUUUAAAGCUGCUGUUAACUUCAACGGUGAGAUCUUCGAGAGCCCCCACUAUUGCUCAACUCUCCGCCAGGCUGAGCACUCAGCUGCUGAAGUCGCCCUCAACUCCCUCUCCAACCGUGGCCCCUCUCAUUCCCUCGCCGCUCGCAUUCUCGAUGAAACUGGUGUAUACAAGAACCUUCUGCAGGAAAUUGCCCAAAGAGUUGGCGCUCCAUUGCCACAGUAUACAACAUUCAGGUCAGGCCUGGGGCAUCAGCCUGUUUUUACAGGGACAGUCGAGUUGGCUGGAAUUACAUUCACCGGAGAACCUGCCAAGAAUAAGAAACAAGCUGAGAAGAAUGCAGCAAUGGCAGCUUGGUCAUCUUUAAAGCAAUUGGCAAAGGAAGAUGCAAGUUCUUCAUCUGAACCAGAGAACAUUGAUGAGAUAGAACAAAUCACAAUAGCACGUGCCUUAUUGAAUUACCGUCUGAAGGAAAAGAUAGCGAUGAUAAACUCUGGCAACUCCCCAAUACCAUUUUCAAAAAAGUUUCAAAUUCAGAACCCACGGCCAACUAGUCCACUACCUGCCCAUGCUACCUCAUCUAAAAUCCUUCCCUUAAUUUGCCAUAAGACAACUCCUCGAAAUAGACCUACUUCAACUGCAGCAAUUGACAGACCUGUUCCCCCCAGACCCACAUCAGCCACAACAAACGAUAGAACUGUCUCUCCACGACAAUCACCUGUUCCAGAACUUUGGGCAACUCAUCAUCAGAAAUUUCCUGCAGCAGGAGCGGCUCCUUAUGUCCCUAUCCGACAAUUUGGGCCACAUUGUCAUGGCAUGGCUCAACCAGUUAGAAUAAGAAGUGUAGUGCCUGUUUUCGCUGCACCUCAACGCCAAUCACCAUCAUUCUCUCCUCAGGUGAUGCAAGGGCUACCUCAACAACCUCCUCCUGUUACCAUUAGGCAAACUUCACUAGCAUAUGCUGCUCCACCUCCAAUUCGAAAAGAAGAUCCUAUGAAUGUUCAAAAGGUUCAUCCAGCUGUUUGGAAAGAAGAAUCCCUGGCUGUUGAAAAAGAUAAUCUGGCUGCUCGGAAAGAUCAUCUGGCAGUUGAAAAAGAUCAUGCAUGUGUUCUGGAAGAAGGAUCUCAGGGUGUUCAAAAGGAAGAUCCUCUAUACAUUAGGAAAGAAGAUCACCCAACUGCUAUUGCUGCUGCUGGACCAAAUAAAUCACCAGAUCAAGUGGAGGAAACUUGGAGCCUAGCUAUAGAUACUAAGCUGAAAGAAUAUGAGACAAUACAAAGGGUGGAACAACUCAAAAUCUGAUCAUGGCAGGGGAAGAGUUGGAUCCAUGGAGACAAACUAAUGAUUUUUACGCUUGUCUCACUUUUGUUGUAGUAUCUCCUCUCGUCUUAUUAUAUGAGUGUUUCUAUUUCAACCUUUUUUGCUUUUCCUUUCCUUUUUUGCUUUUAAUGUUUUCCAUUUUGUUCUCUUAGAACUGCAGGCUAAAUUAGUAUGAGUAGUGCCAUAUCCUUGCAAUUCAUUCAA